UUCGCUCUAUCCACUCAUAGAGAGGAUACUGAUUCAUAAUUCAUUCCUCAAUUUCAGUAGAAAAAUGGUCGACUCAAAAAUCAAAAUUUUCCAUUUCGUCAUUCUCGUCGCCUUCUUCAAUCCGUCGCCAUUUUCAGCUGCAGCAGAACCAGUCGGAUACGGCUACCGUCUCCGAUCAGUAAAGGCAGAUUCGUCGCAAAAAUCUCUCGACGCUCUUCUUCAGCUCAUCAAUCCCUCCGCCGUUUACGGCGCUGAUAUUCCGCUCCUCUCUCUCACCGCCAGCUUAGAAACGAAAGACCGUCUAAGAGUAACGAUAACCGACGCCAACAAAACUCGUUGGGAAAUCCCCAACGAAAUCCUCCCCCGUACCCCGCGGCCGCGCCUCGUUUCCCGCUCUCUCCUCUCCUCCGACCUCGUCUUCACCCUCCAAAACACCACCCCCUUUGGCUUUGCCGUCCGCCGCGGCGAUGGCUCCACCCUCUUCGACACCGCCCCGGCCAAAGACCAGCCCUCGACGUACCUCGUCUUCAAGGACCAAUACCUCCAGCUCUCGUCGUCGCUGCCGCCGCCCCCAAAGUCCAACCUCUACGGCAUAGGCGAGCACACCAAGAGCUCCUUCAGGCUCCAGCCUCACCAGACGCUCACGCUGUGGAACGCCGACAUCGGCAGCGCCAACAUCGAUCUAAACUUGUACGGAUCGCACCCUUUCUACAUGGAUGUGCGGCCGAAUGGCGUCACUCACGGCGUGCUGCUGCUCAAUAGUAACGGCAUGGAUGUCGAGUAUUCUGGCGACCGGAUCACGUAUAAGGUGAUCGGAGGAGUUCUUGAUGUGUACUUCUUCGCUGGGCCAACGCCCGAGCUUGUGAUGGAGCAGUACACCGAGCUCAUCGGCCGCCCUGCUCCCGUGCCUUACUGGUCUUUCGGCUUUCACCAGUGCAAGUAUGGGUACAAAGAUGUGUACGAGGUUGAGAAUGUGGUGGCUAACUAUGCAAAAGCUAAAAUUCCAUUAGAAGUGAUGUGGACCGACAUUGAUUACAUGGAUGCUUACAAAGACUUCACUCUCGAUCCUCUCAACUUCCCCGUCGAUGAGAUGAAGAAAUUCGUCGAUCAACUCCACAACAACAGCCAAAAAUACGUCGUCAUUGUCGAUCCCGGCAUUAGUGUCAACGAGUCCUACCCGACUUACAAGAGGGGAAUGCAGGCCGAUGUGUUCAUCAAGCGAGACGGCGUGCCUUACCUUGGCGAAGUCUGGCCGGGAAACACUUAUUUCCCGGACUUCCUCAACCCGGCCACCGGAGAAUUCUGGACCAACGAGAUCAAGAUUUUCUGUGACAUUCUUCCGGUGGACGGGCUUUGGAUCGACAUGAACGAGCUGUCGAACUUCAUCACCUCGCCCCCGACUCCGUCUUCCUCCCUGGACAACCCUCCGUACCAGAUCAACAACUCCGGCACUAACCGCCCCAUCAAUGAGAGGACUGUGCCGGCGACGGCUCUGCAUUAUGGAAAUUUAACAGAGUACAAUGUGCAUAAUCUGUAUGGUUUUUUGGAGGCCAGAGCUACUCAUGCAGCUCUGGUUAAGUCUACCGGGAAACGCCCGUUUGUUCUGAGCAGGUCUACUUUCGUCGGCUCCGGAAAGUACACGGCCCAUUGGACAGGCGACAAUGCCGCGACGUGGAAUGACUUGGCGUACUCUAUCCCGAGCGUGUUGAGCUCGGGAUUGUUCGGGAUUCCGAUGGUUGGAGCAGAUAUAUGUGGGUUUGCGCGUAACACGACGGAGGAACUCUGCCGGAGAUGGAUUCAGUUGGGGGCAUUCUAUCCCUUUGCCAGGGACCACUCCGACAAAGGCAGCAUCUCUCAGGAGCUGUACGUCUGGGAGUCCGUGGCGGCCUCGGCCCGUGAAGUCUUGGGACUUCGCUACAGGCUGUUGCCGUACAUGUACACCCAGAUGUACGAGGCGAGCACGAAGGGCGUGCCUAUCGCUAGGCCACUCUUCUUCUCCUUCCCGGCCGACCCCAACACCUACGGAAACAGCGCGCAGUUCCUCCUUGGGCGGAGCAUCCUCGUCUCGCCUGUGCUAGAACAGGGCGCGGUCACGGUGAACGCCUACUUCCCGGCCGGGAACUGGUUCAACAUGUUCAACCACUCGAGCGUGGUGAGCGUGAAGCAGGGGAGGUACGUGGAGCUAGACGCCCCGGCCGACAAGAUCAACGUGCACGUGGCGGGCGGGAGCAUCGUGGCCAUGCAGGGCGAGGCUAUGACGACAGAGGAGGCGAGGGUGACAGCUUUUCGACUGCUGGUGGUGUUGGGGGAGAGUGGGAAUAGCUCAGGGGAAGUGUUCUUGGAUGAUGGGGAGGGUUUGGAGUUUGCAAGUGAGGGAGGGAAAUGGAGCUUAGUGAAGUUUAAUGGUGGUUUUGUGGAGAAGGGUGAAGUGGUUGUAGUUGAAUCUAAAGUUUUGAAUGGGGAUUUUGCUUUGGGGAAGAAGUUGGUGAUUGAUGAGGUGACAGUUCUUGGGGUGAAGAGGGAGUUUGCAAAGGUUAGUGGGAUGGGAUUGGGAGAGAGGAAGUUUGGUCUAACAGUUGAAGAUGACAUGAAUGGAUUUCAUAGGGUGGAGUUGUCCAAAUUGGGGUUACCAUUGGGGAAAGAGUUUAGGAUGCAAAUCUCACCGUGGAAUGUGUCGAUUUGAGUGACAAAAAUACUAUGUAAUGGGAAUAAAAUUGUUGAAAACAAGAAAGGAAUAAUGCUGCAAAGAGGUGGUGUUUUUGGAUUUCA